AUGCCAGGAGACCGUCUCCCGUGUCUCACAUUGGGGUUCUCUCUGUUGCUACUGGUGUCAGCUGACAUCCUGAAUGAUGGUGCAGGACUCCUGCCCAGCACCCUGCAUGAUUCCCAACCUCUCCGAGACGUGUCUAUAGGUCAGGAUGAACAAGAGGGCAUUGGACAGACCGCAGAGAGUCCUGGGAUGCAGGGCUUCAUGGAAAACUCCCAGGAAAGCUCUGGUUUCUUCAGUGAGGACAGCGAGGAGAACAAGCCCCAUGCCAGGCAAUCAUGGGACAUGCAAGAUGAGACCAACGACACAAGUCUCAAUGCUGAUUCACUGAUAGGGUAUAAUCCAUCAUCCCUUCCCUCCUCCUCCUCCUCUUCCCUCACUAAGAGCCCCAGAGCCCUCAACUCUUCAUCCCCAUUCAUGCCCGGGGCUGAGUCUCUGGAUCCAGAGCUGUGGGAGAGUGAUUCGGAGUCCAGCGGAUUCCCUCUGAGUUUCUCUCACAGCCUGUCUAGUACAGCUGCUGUUCCUCUCACUCCAAGCCCAGUCACAGGCUCCAGCAUUGGGCUGGUGCAGGAGAGCCUCAGCCCUGAGAGCACAGCUGUGUCUGACAGAGCCUCAGAGGAGGAGAGCCUGGCUGUACGUGACAGUCACGCCGACGCUGUCACUCAGUCCCCCACCAUACCGGAAUCGGGGGCCUUCCCGAGCCGAGUGCCGCUGCAGCCUGAUGACUCAUACAGGGAAGAUUCGGAGGAGGAUAAGGAAGAUGAGGAGAUCGUGAUCUUCCCCACAGAGGCGGAUGAAGUCCUGGAUGAAUGGGGGCAUCACACACCACUCACGGCGGUGCCGUCCUCCUCGGACAUACCCAUCGUGGCCUUCACAGACUCAGCCUGGGAAGAGAUGGGCGUGACCACACCCAAAGAGGAGGUGGAGCUUAGACAGGGCAGCACCGAGUAUUUCACACAGACCGACUCUCAUGACGCAGACCUCUCCCAGGAGGCUAUGCAGGUUAUAUGUGUAGACUGGAGCAAUCUGUCUGGAAAAGGUUACGUCAUCCUCAACAUGUCUGAAAACUUUGAUUGUGAUGAGUUUAGGGUUGAGAGUGGAGACAGACUGUUGGAGAUGUUGGAGAUGGCGUUUUCCAGGAAAAUGAACAGUCCUCAGGGCUCCUGGUUAAUCUCCCUUAGUAAACCCACCAGACAGGAUCACCAGCUCCUCAUGACGCUUGCCAAUGAUCAAGGUGUUAUUGCCACUCAAGAUGUUCUGUCAAUGCUGGGAGAGAUAAGAAGAGGCUUGAACGAGAUUGGUAUUCAGAACUACUCCAGUGUGAGCAGCUGUCACUCAAGACCGAGUCAGACACGCAGUGACUAUGGGAAGCUGUUUGUUGUUCUGGUUAUCAUCGGUUCAGUCUGUGUGGUCAUCAUUGCAUCUGGGCUCAUUUACAUCUGCUGGCAGCGACGCUUACCUAAACUGAAGAACAUGUCCCGGGGUGAGGAGCUCCAUUUUGUGGAGAACGGCUGUCAUGACAACCCCACUUUGGAUGUAACAAGUGACAGCCAAUCAGAGAUGCAGGAGAAAAAGCACAGUGCCAAUGGGGUGACAGCAGGAGGUGGAGGAGGUGGCGGUUGGCAGGUCCUGGUGAACAAGCCAGGAAAGGAGGAAGAGGAUAACCAAGAGGAAGACACACACCUUUAA